CCAGAGCCCAUCUUGGCCAGCUCACCCCAGCUCUGAGACAUCCUAACCCAGCCUAUAAGGAUUUGCCCAGCGGCUCCUGAGAUCUCUAGAACCGGCUGAUGGGGAAGUCAGAGAGCCCAGUGGAGAUGGUGGAGAGAUCAGACCGAUCUGGGAAGAAGCCUGAGGGCUUCCUGGUGUGGGGGCUGAUGCUGAUGCUGCUGCUUCUGCUGGGAGCCCUAGUGGCCCUGGGUGUCCUCUUCGGCCGAGGGAAGCCGCUGCCCCUCUUAACUAGCCGACUACGCUUCUCCCAGGAAGAGAGGACGGUUGUAAAACGAGCUGUCAAAGAGUCAUCACAGAAAAAUGACGUCUGCAUCACCCCAGGCUGUGUGUUGGCAGCUGCCAGAAUCCUUCAGAACAUGGACAAAUCGAAGGAGCCCUGUGACAACUUCUACCAGUAUGCUUGCGGAGGCUGGCUGCGGCAUCAUGUGAUCCCCGAGACCAACUCCCGAUACAGCGUCUUUGACAUUCUCCGGGACGAGCUGGAGGUCAUCCUCAAAGGGGUGCUGGAGGAUUCCAAUGUCAAAGACCGGCCAGCUGUGGAGAAGGCCAAGAUACUGUACCGCUCCUGCAUGAACGAAAGUGUGAUAGAGAAGAGAGACUCUAAGCCUCUGCUGAACAUCUUAGAUGUGGUAGGAGGCUGGCCUGUGGCCAUGGACAAGUGGACUGAGAUCAUGGGCCCUAAGUGGGAGCUGGAACGGCAGCUGGCCCUGCUGAACUCGCAGUUCAACAGGCGUGUCCUCAUCGACCUCUUCAUCUGGAAUGAUGACCAGAACUCCAGCCGGCAUGUCAUCUAUAUAGACCAGCCCACCUUGGGCAUGCCAUCCCGGGAGUACUAUUUCCAAGAAGGCAGCAACCACAAGAGUGCUCCAUGGUGGCCAAGGUGGCCAAAGCCGCCCAGCUCCAUCCAUCGUCCUUUGGCCCAGGUGCGGGAAGCCUACCUGCAUUUCAUGAUGUCAGUGGCCACCAUGCUGAGGAAAGACUUGAACCUACCCAAGGACAACACUCUGGUGCAGGAGGACAUGACGAAAGUGCUGGAGCUGGAGGCGCAUCUGGCCAAUGCCACAGUCCCCCAGGAGGAGAGGCAUGAUGUCACCAGCCUAUACCACAGGAUGGACCUGGUGGAGCUGCAGGAGAGGUUUAGUCUGAAGGGGUUUAACUGGACCCUUUUCAUACAAAGUGUGCUGUCCUCUGUCCAAAUCGAUCUGUUACCAGAUGAGGAGGUGGUUGUCUAUGGUAUCCCUUACCUGCAGAACCUUGAAGAUGUCAUUGACAUCUACUCAGCACGGACCAUGCAGAACUACCUGGUCUGGCGCCUGGUGCUAGAUCGCAUCAGCAGCCUAAGCCAGAGAUUCAAAGAUGCGAGGGUGCACUACCGCAAGGCGCUGUAUGGCACAACCGUGGAGGAGGUGCGCUGGCGGGAGUGUGUCAGCUAUGUCAACAGCAACAUGGAGAGCGCCGUGGGCUCCCUCUACAUCAAGCAGGCCUUCACCAAGGACAGCAAGGAAAUGGUCAAAGAGCUGAUUGACAAGGUAAGAUCCGUGUUUGUGGAUACCCUGGAUGAGCUGAACUGGAUGGAUGAGGAAUCUAAGAAGAAGGCCCAGGAAAAGGCCAUGAACAUCCGGGAACAGAUCGGCUACCCUGACUAUAUCUUGGAUGAACACAAUAGGCACCUGGAUGAGGAAUACUCCAGUUUGAUAUUCUCAGAGGAACUGUAUUUUGAGAAUGGGCUUCAGAACCUCAAGGCCAGUGCCCAGAGGAGCCUGAAGAAGCUCCGGGAAAAAGUGGACCAGAACCUCUGGAUCAUCGGGGCUGCCGUGGUCAAUGCGUUCUACUCACCAAACAGAAACCAGAUCGUGUUUCCUGCCGGUAUUCUCCAGCCACCCUUCUUCAGCAAGGAGCAACCACAAUCCUUGAACUUUGGGGGCAUCGGGAUGGUGAUCGGGCACGAAAUCACACACGGCUUUGAUGACAAUGGUCGGAACUUCGACAAGAACGGCAACAUGCUGGACUGGUGGAGCAACUUCUCGGCCCAGCACUUCCGAGAACAGUCACAGUGCAUGAUCUAUCAGUAUGGCAACUUUUCUUGGGACCUGGCCGACGACCAGAAUGUAAACGGAUUCAGCACUCUCGGAGAGAACAUCGCUGACAACGGCGGGGUGCGACAGGCAUACAAGGCUUACCUGCAGUGGCUGACUGAAGGCGGCAGGGACCAGCGACUGCCAGGACUGAACCUGACCUACACCCAGCUUUUCUUUGUCAACUAUGCCCAGGUAUGGUGUGGGUCCUACAGGCCUGAGUUUGCCGUCCAGUCUAUCAAGACUGAUGUCCACAGUCCUCUUAAGUACAGGGUACUGGGCUCACUACAGAACCUGGCCGCCUUCUCUGAGGCAUUCCACUGCCCACGGGGCAGCCCCAUGCACCCCAAGAAGCGAUGUCGCAUCUGGUAGCCAAGGCUGAGCUAUGCUGCGGCCCACGCCCACCUGCCACCCAGAGGCUUUGUGAAAGGUGCAGCUGGCAGAGAUGUGCAAGUCCUUGCCCGAAGGCCACUGGAGCCUAGAGUGCAGCCGCCCGCCCGCACCUGGGAUGAGUGGUGCCCGGUCCCGCGCCCCUUCAGGCCAGUGAGGAGGGUCAGCAGGCCUGUAGAAGCUGUCAGCUGUUUUCCACCCUCUCCAUAGCGUGUGGCUAAAUGUCCUCGAGCUUUCAGACUUGAGCUAAGUAAACGCUUCAAAGAAGA